AAACAGCUGUUCACGAUUCGGUAUUUGCCGGCAUUUCACCGUGAAUUUUUAAUAAUAAAUAAAACUUAACGAAUAAAUAGAGCCCUGUUAUGAGCAAUAUUGUGCAAUAUAUUGUUGUGCGCAGCGAUUUACGUUCUGCGCUCAAUUGGCCCAUGGGCGCUGUCAUCGCGCAAUGUUGCCACGCCACCGCCGCCGUUAUGCAUUUGAAUUCGGAGGAUACAGAUACGAUUUCGUAUUUAAAGGAUCUGGACAAUAUGCACAAAGUUGUCCUGGAGGCCAAAGAUGAGGCUGCUCUGGUAAAACUCAGCGAGAAGUUGAAGGAGCACGAGAUUAAGCACAAGUUAUGGAUUGAACAGCCCGAGAAUAUUGCAACCUGCAUUGCCCUUAAACCCUACGUCAAGGAUAUUGUGCACAAAUAUGUUAAACAUUUCAAACUACUGAAGGAAUAAUGAAUAUUUGUCAUUCAACACUAAA